UUUGCAUAUACCUGUUUAUGGUUAGAAGGUUGUUAAGCAUAUGUGUAUAAAUGAGCAUAGCCUGUAUGUUAUAAAUCUAUGUUGGCGAAUACUAUAACUGGUUACAUGAUACUUGCAAAGGAACCAAAACAAUAAUAGAAGACAAUCUUAUUCGUUUUAGAACGAUAAGCGAAACGAACACAAUUAUUAAAAUUAAAGACCACUUACUACAGAAGUUCACUGAAGACUCGGAAGAGAGUUGAGCUUAUUUUGUUUUAAAAAUGAUUCGUAAGCUUAUCAUUGACGUUGACACCGGAGUGGACGACGCGCAGGCGAUCAUGUUGGCACUGUCAUGCACCGAAGUGGAGGUAGUGGCCAUCACGUGCGUUUCCGGAAACGUGCACGUUGACCAGGUGUGCACCAACACUAUCAAGGUCCUAGCCGCGUGUGGACGUCUGGAUAUUCCUGUUUACCGAGGUGCCGACAAGUCUCUGAUUGGCGGGGGAAUGGAGGCGACUCAUUACCAUGGAGUUGACGGUCUCAGUGAUGCGGGGAUCGAGAUGGACGUUUCAGGCACAAAAGUACAAAAGGAGCAUGCCGUUCCCGCUAUAAUCAAGCUUGUCAACCAGUACCCAGAGGAAAUAACGCUGGUUGCCCUUGCCCCAUUGACAAACAUCGCUCUGGCCAUUAGGCAGGACCCAGGUCUUGGACGGAAAUUGGCCGGGGUCACCAUCAUGGGCGGAAAUACACAGGGUGUGGGAAAUAGUACGGUGUGCGCCGAGUUUAAUUUUGCUGCGGACCCCGAUGCAGCCUUUGUUGUAUUGCAAGAGUUGAAUGUACGCCCGACCAUUCUACCAUGGGAGGUCAACCUAUCGGGAACCUCUUGUCAGCCAUGGGAUUGGUUUGACGAAUGGAUCAAAACUGACUCUGAAAAAGCACGCUUCAUGAAGGCUAUUGUUCAACUCCCGGUCCAUAGACAACGAGUCGUGGGUAAGAUGCCGUUUUACCGAUCAUGUGACCUCAGUGCUAUGGCGACUGUGAUUGAUCCGGAAGUGAUUGCUGAGACACAGGAAGUGUAUGCAACCGUCGAGUUGGCGGGAAAUUAUACGCGCGGAAUGAUGGUGGUGGACUGGAAUGGACGAUUGGGAAAGUCAACGAAUUUAACGUUGGUAAAAGAAUUUAAUCCGGGAAAAGCAAGGCCUCACUUCGAAAGGAUGCUUUUAGAUGUAUAGACAGUAUGUUUAAUGUGUUUGAUACCAGUUACACAUAUGUUUAAAUUUAAAUUGUCCAAAUGCUUGGAACGGUCUAUGGAAUCAAUUAAAAAUGCAUCAGUUUAA